UGGAUGUUAGCUUUGUGAAAAAGCGGAGAAGCUGUGUUGGUGUACCUAGCGAAGUCAAAUUGAGUGUAGUGGAUUCCCACCCACGAUGAGGUGUGAAUGUCUGCUUAAUCAAAUCUUUCCGUGUAAUUAACAAGCUUUCUCAGACGGAUAAUAUAAUUAAAAGACUUUUCCCCCUCCAUGUUUUGGUGAAAAGGCAGGAGGGCGUGGGUCCUUCACGUCACCCCGAAAGGAUUGCGAUGAAUGGACUCACUGACUUGGAGGACAAUUUGACUUGGACUGACUUGGACUACAGCGCGAAAGACAAUCACUCAUCUCCUUCUUUUCUAUCAUAAUUAUUUAUUAGACGUUUUGUCUCUCAUUAUUUAAGUAUGCACGGAGGAACGCCGCGUGAGUGUCGUUGGACACUUUUCGCACUGUUUUGUAACUUUUUCUUUAACUUCAGCCAAGGUUCUCCUCCACCUUCUUCUGAUCUUUUGCACGGAGUGGUGCACAGACACAGGAACAGGAACUGGUGCGCCUAUGUGGUGCACAAGAACGUCAGCUGUGCCGUGCAGGGCAGCGUGGAGAGCUUCCAGGAGCCGGUAGUGGCCCCCUGCCCGUCCUACCUGACAAACUGCCCCCGACAAGUGGCAUACCAAACCCGGUUCCGUCCGACUUACAAAAUCGCCUAUAAGAAGGUCACAGAGUUGGAGUGGCGAUGCUGUCCAGGCUACCAAGGACCCGGCUGCAGAGAUUUAAAACCCACUCCAGAGCGGCAGAUCGUGCAGGGAACUCAGCCUUAUGAUGGCCUGUCUAAUCCUGCGUAUUCAAGCAGACACUUGCAGAGACCAGAGCGCAGAGAGACGGGGCACCGUGAGACAAAGCAUGAUGGGACAGCGAAUAAGGUACACCUUCUUGAAGGUGAAGUCCAGCGCCUCUCUCAGACUGUCCUGGACCUGCAGUCCGCCUUGAAGGAGUUAAAUGCCAACCUGCGUGCAGACCUGCAGGAGGACACUAAGAAGAUGCUGGUGACCCUCUUCAACAACAUGCAACCGCCCGAUAGCGUGGCAGUCCCGGGCCCAGACGAGAGUCCUGCAGUUCUGGAUGGCCACCAGGCAUCUAGAGGCGGGAUGGCCGGAGACAAGGUGUUAGAAAAAAUAGAAGCACGCUUGGACGAUAUCAACGAUGCGCUAAAAAACAAGGAGGAGGUGCUGGAAGACCUGCGAGGGGCAAUAACAAGUCAUGAGGGGCAGAUUCGCGUUCUCAUGGAUGCCUCGCAGUCUCAGACACCAACCAUGAUGGAGUUGGAUGUUGUCCAGAGUUAUAUUGAUGGCAAAGUGGAGAAGCUUAAGAAUGAGCAAGACAAAACAAUGAAGGAACAGCUGGACAAAAUACAAGCAUCAUGCAGCAGCAAAAUACAGUCCUUACAGAAGACCUGCGAGGACAGCCGUGACCAAGGUUUGGUCAGCCUCACCAAAUUGGUGGACAACAAGGAGGCCGACCUAAGAAAGGAGAUCCGGGCGCUGCGCCUGGACAUGACGGCUGCUGAUGGGCCUUCGCGUACUCAGAGGCAGACAGACCCCGUUAAGAAGCAAGAGGACCACUGCGACCACGAGGAUUUGUGGCGAGAGAUCGACCGCAUUACAGAGGCUUACCGCAUGCUGAACGUUCGCAUCGACAACGAGCUGGCACAUCUGUCAGUGCCCCGGGAGGACAACGACUUCAGCCCUCUAAUUGAGGAGCUGGAGGCCCGCAUCAAUGUCACCGAGCAAAACGCAGAGACUCACUGCUUCUACGUAGAGGAGAAACUGACGCGGACCAUCUUAGAGAAAGUGGCGUCACUGCGACAAGUCCUGGAUGAGCGUCUGAACAGCAUGGAGGACCAGUUCACCAGCAUGCUGGUAGAGAUGAGCAACAACUCCUUCCCGGGAAUGUUUGGAGACUCCAUGGAUACCGUGCAGGCGGAGGUCAACAACAACAAGUUCCUCCUGCAGGGUUUGGAUGACAAGAUCAACGCUGUCGGAGAAUUGUGCUCUGCAGUGUGCGCUGGAUCAGGAGAAGCUGUUGGCGCAGGAAGUUCCGUACCAACAACGAAGGGUCUAGAAAACAUCUGGAAGGAUUUGCGUCGCUACAAAAAUGACUUUGACAUUCUUCACACUGACGUCAAAGCAAAUACAGACAAGCUGUGGCAAUUGCAGGACAGCGUCAAAAGGGAGUCAUCUGGCAGAGACAGACAAUCCAAAACUAUGGAGGACUUCCAGAAGGGGUUGAGUAACCUCCAAGAUAAUGUUCUGGGUCUGUCUGGUGCUGUCACAGGUCUGAGUGACUCCUUGAGCAAGUACAACCAGGACAUGCUCCAAAUAAAUGCAACAUGCUGCCAGGCAGAGAAGAACACCCCCGGGAGGCUGGCGCUUGACACUACUGGCCUCCACAUGGAGGAACUAAAGAACCGAGUGGACACUCUUACCAAGCAGGUGUUCACUGAUUUGAGUCGAUGUGAAGGCAUGGAAGGACGGGUGAGCACGCUUGAGAAGGUGUGCGGCAGGCUGGACGGCUUUCCUGCUAACGUCACAGAGCUAACGGGCGGCCUGGAGAGACACGUGGGCAUGCUGAAAGACAAUGUGGAAAGGAUGAACGUCACUUGUGGACGCCACAGCACAGACAUCGUGGAACUGCAGAAUGCGUUGCAGAGAUUCCAGGCCCAGCUGUCUGCCAUGGCGAGACAAGUUUCAAAAGACGUCUCUUCCAGGGAACCAGGUUUGGUUAUCAGACCCGAGACCCCAGCUUCUGUACCGGCCUCCCCCCCAACCAGAGGCAGAGUGAGACAAAUCCACAUCCCCGUCAUUAUCCCUCCGCCACCGCCAAGGCAUCCCAGCCAAGCGGGCCAACCCGUCGUCCACACCAUCAAGAUGGCCUCGCCUAGCCAUCCGUCCAGCCCCCAGCAACCCGGUGGCCACGGCGUUCCCGCUGUGCCCAGCAGGCCAGUGGUGGAGACAGGCGAGGCGGGGCCACCAGGGUACACGCGCAGGGUGACGGUGCGGAGGGGCUCAGAGGAUUCAUCUAGGGUGCCCAUCACUGGCUUUGCAGGAGCGCCGGGCUACCCUCCUUUGCAGCCAGCAUCUUUCAAACCCCAAGCAAGCAGGCACACAGGUCCAAUAGCAUCCAAAAUUCCCUGGAGUCCAUCAUACCAACAAUCACCUGCUGCAAUAGACCACAGUGCCUUUGCGGAUCCUUUCUCCUUCUCGGCCGGCCUCACUCGCCAGCCGUUCUCUGGAGACUUUGGCAUCAUCCGCUUCAACAAGGUUUUGGUCAACGACGGAGGCCAGUACAGUCCCCACACAGGACUGUUCACGGUACCACAGGAAGGACGAUACCUCAUCUCUGGACUUCUGACCGCAAAGGAAGGUGAGCGCAUAGAGGCAGUGCUGUCCGUGUCCGACCGCAGUGUUCAGAGGCUCCAGAGCUCGGCAGCGCCGGCAGCAGCAGCAGCGGCGGCGGGGCUUUCAGGGUCAGGUCAGCCCGGAGGCUCGGAAGCGUGCAUCUAUGGAGGCUCUGUCUCCUUUAGCCUGAUUUUGCCGCUGAGGAAAGGAGACCGUGUGGGCCUAGUGAGGACCGCAGGCCAGCUGGCCACCACCGAGGCUCGGGAGAUCCUCUCCACCUUCAGCGGCAUCUUCCUGUACGGAGCACCGGCGGCCCACCACCACCGAUAGCUGCAGCUCAAAGACUAUAGAAUGUCAAAUUUGUGCACAUAAACAAUAAGCAACAACACCAGCAGGAGCAAGAUUUGUUUCUAAUAUAUUUGACCACCAUUGUAUCCCCUCUUUGUGAACGUGUAUGUGAUACACCAUCUGUGACAUUGCUUCAAUAAAUUGUGAUAAAUCAA